UCUCUCUCUCCUCUUCCCUUUCAUUUCUUUCCCCCUUUCUUCUUCUUCGUCUUCUCCACAUCCAAAUAGAUCAAUUUUUACAAACCCCUCUCCCCUUUUCUCUCUCCCUCAGCUAGUUUUCCCCCAAUACCCUUCAAUCUGUUUCUCCGUCUCUGUUUUCUGGUUUUCCCCUUUGUUUUUCCUUCACCUCUCCGCCCUCCCCUCCGCCCCUUUUCACCUCACAGGCAGGCAGGCAAGGCAGACAGACAGGCAGGCAGGCAGACCGAUUACUCUCUCUUUCUGUCGAGAUUUUCUCUUUUUCUUCCUGUUUUUUGGGGUUUCUUGGUCGUGAAGGAUGAGUGGCGACGACUCUUGGGCUUCAAUCCCCAACAGUGUGAGGACAACGAUCGAGAAUAUUAAGGAGAUCACGGGCAAUCACAGUAAUGAUGAGAUUUAUGCAAUGCUUAAAGAAUGUUCCAUGGAUCCCAAUGAGACUACUCAGAAGCUUCUUCUUCAGGAUACUUUUCAUGAAGUGAAGAGCAAACGUGAGAGGAGAAAAGAGAACGCAAACAAUCGAGAGUCUGUAGAGUCCAGGUGGAAAACGGGCAUGCAGGGAAGGGGUGGUAGAGGUGUUCGUAUAAAUUCUUCUCCUCGUUAUAUUUCUCAUGAUACUGGCGGUGGCCGAAACCUUGGACCUGGAAAGGAGAAUGGAGUAAAUCAAGCAAUUGAGAAGGGUGGUUCUUUAUCCGUGCAGGCUUCUCAUGAGACAAAAAGUAAAGAAAAAAUACCAGUAACGAGCUCUCUAUCUGUCGGAAAUGGUGCCACAAGUGUAGCUUCUGGAAGUGUUGCUGAAGUAACUUCAUCUUUGGCUGAGAUUAGUGGUAAGGGGAGUGCAUUGCCUCCUAUAAACGCAAACAAGAACCCAAACCGUGUGCUUGGCAUGCGACCCUCAAGUGAGCCGCCCAUACCAAAUUCCGAUAACAGCGUCGCAUUGAACUCGUCUUCAGAUCCAUUUGUUGAGUCGCAGCUACCGGGUUCUGUGGAUACAAUUACAUGUGGGGGGAACACAUUGCAUCGAGAUGAGCCUACCACAGUUAAUCCUGUGGAAAACAAACUAGUUCUUGAGGCUUCGGAGAUCGGCAAAUCUUUGGCUCGGGGAAAUCAACCAAUCAAAUCUCCGAAAAUUGAGGAGAGUCAGCUCAAUGAGGUUUCACCACCUUCCGUGUCAAUGCAGGGCAGCUCGACCGUUAGUUUGCCUUCUAAUUAUAAUAAACGACCACAACAAGUAAUUGGCUCUCAUAAAGCUAGUUCUAAUAAGGAAUGGAAGCCAAAGACUACUAGUUCAGCUGUUAUUCAGCAAUCGAGAACUGUUGGUGCAGCUGCUGCAGCUUCUGAGGUUCCUGCCGUUACCCUUAAUGACACCGAUCAUUUAGAGCCUGCUUCGAGGGUCCUUGAUUCGGUAGAAGCUACUUUAAAACUGCAGAAGAAAUUGGAAGACUUGCAUGUAUCGAAAAGUCAGCUUGUUAUUCUUCCGAACCACAUUCAGGUUCCUGAAUCCGAACGAUCGAAGCUAAGCUUUGGAAGUUUUGGCAUUGGUUUUGGAGUUUCUGUCACUGAUCCAAGCGGUCCCGAGGAUGACCAGAGGCAUACACCCAUGUCUGAAGCUUCAGUCGAUGCCGAUGAAAAUGCAGAGGAAGAAGCUUCAAGCUAUCCUAAUGCACUGAGAAGUACCGAAGAUGUGGAAUCUCCUGAUCGUCCACGAUCUCCUAGUCAAAUGGCUGAAAAUUUAUCACCCACUGGCGCCGAUCUUUCAUCGAACACAAUUCACGAGUUCAAUGAUUUAAAGCAGGAAACAGGAUUACCUUCUGGAGGCCAUACGAACUCUGUUGCACAAACAUCUUCGAGUUACGGUAUUGGUUUUAUCUCCCCCGUAGUUGGAAGUCAGAUUGCAGCGGUUGAAAACUCUGAUUCUCAGGGCUGCGAUUCUUCUCGUCUUCCCAGCUUUGUCGUUCAACAGCAUUUUGACCCAUCAAGUUACUAUGCCCAAUUUUACCGAUCGGGUGAGAACGAUGGUCGACUUUCCCCCUUUCUUUCUCCCGGAGUUGCUGCUAAGUACAAUGGCAAUGUUGCGAUGUUGCCUCCUUCGAGCUCUCAAUCUCCUCAAGAGGGCGUGGUUCUGUCGACAGCGGGUCCAACGGCACUGUUAACGCAAGCAGCUGGACUUAUGCAAAGCUCUAUAGCUAUGACUCAGCAACCCAUGCCCGUCUUUCGACCUCCAGCAGGAGUCCAUAUUUCUCAUUAUCCCCCGAACUACCUACCGUACGGUCACUAUUUCUCGCCGUUCUAUGUUCCACCUCCUCCCAUCCAUCAAUUUGUUGGCAAUAAUGCAUUUCCUCAGCAACCUCAAGGAGGCAACAUCUUUCCAGCUCCGCCAGCAGCAGCAGCUGCUGCAGUCAAAUAUUCAAUUCCACAAUACAAGAUGGGAGCCAAUUCAGGUAACCCGUCCCACAUUGGCGUGCCUAGUGGUUACGGUCCUUAUGGCUCUUCGGCACCUGGUUAUAGCCCUAGCACUGCUGCACCAGCUGGAAACACCGUCGCUAACGACGACCUUGGUGCAUCGCAGUUCAAGGAAAAUAGUGUUUACAUCACAGGACCACAGAGCGAUGGCUCGGCAGUAUGGAUCGGUGCACCAGGAAGAGACAUGUCGAGCUUGCCCGCGAAUUCGUUCUACAACCUUCCACCACCAGGUCAACACGUGACAUUUACGCCAACACAGACUGGGCACGGUACAUUUGCUAGUAUCUAUCAUCAAGCACAAGCAGUAACUGGAGCAGGAGUUCACCCACUUCUGCAACAGUCGCAAGCCGUGGCUGGAGGAGUCGACACGGUAGGACCAGGAGGUAACAUUUACCAACAACCUCAACACUCGCAGAUCAAUUGGCCGAGUAACUAUUAGGUAACAACAAAUCAGAAGCUCAAAAACAUAUUAAUAUUGGGAUUUUUGGGAGAGCUCCCAGCAAUUAUGGAUCGAGAACGAAAUAUCGAGGGAAGAGUUGCUAUUGACCGGAGAAUGUUUUAGAGGAGCGGAAAAAGACCGAUUGCUACUGUUUGCUUGAAGUGAGUACUACUACUACAUGAAAGGUGCAGACCACCUAUAACAGAUAUUUACCAUUUUAAGUUAGUUCAAGUAGGCAUGUGCAGUUGUUCUUAUUUCUUGCAGCUGGUGCUAUAUGAAAUAUCUCUCUCUCUCUCUCUCUCUCUCUCGAUUCUUCAUUUGAUAAGCUUUUCGAGCGUUUCCAUUGUUGAAUUCUUCGAACUUGAGAGAAUUUGCAGUCAAAAGUGUUGAGAAAUGUUGUUGCAUUCUUUGUUCUUUAAUUUGGAGAUGUUAUAAGGGCUUUUGAAAGGUAAGAUAUAGGCUGGUGAAGUGUUUUGCAGCUACCUUACCUGUAAAGUUAUUUGAUAGAGAAAGGAAGAGUUGUAUUGAUAUGAUCCAGAAAAUGUGAAUUGUUUUGGUUGACUCAUU